AUGCGUAAUCGACUUGAAAGGGUCAACGCAAUUCCAGAACAAGGUACCACGAGAGGAAAGUCGAAAUUGAGGGAUGCGAUACCUUCUGUGGACGAACUAUCCUCGGCGGUAUCAAGGAUCAACGUGGCGCCGUGGGAAGACCCGUUCGCUCUGGCGUUGGGUCAGGCGGCGGUCAUUGCUGAGGAGGAUGCCGGCGGGCUGAACGUACCGCCUAAUGACGGGCCAGCCCGUGCGCCUAGCCCUAAACCCGAUGAGUUGCUGGAAGAUGGCUACGUCGAAGUGGAAGAAGACAAGAACGACAAGAUGCGUCGAAUAGCCAAAUCCCUCCAAUCUGGUGAUGUAGUCGAAGAAGCACACAACAUCGUCCGUAUAGUUGGUGUCGAUGCUUGCCCCGGUCUGCUCAUCCUCGGCAAACGUAAUCUCUAUCUCAUCGACGGACUGCUACAAACCCCAGACGGUGAGGUCAUCGAUGCCAGCGAUGCCCCAAAAGACGUCUUAUCAAUCCCUUCUGGUACACUUGUAGAACUUGACGUGGCCGAUCAACAAUCUCUCCGUUGGUCAUAUUCCGAUAUUGUGGAAAACAACAAACGAGCUUUCUUGUUCCGCGAUGUGGCACUUGAAUUGUACUUCGCAGAUAAGCGGAAUUUUCUCGUAGUGUUCAAGAAUAAAGCACAAAGACAAAAGGUGUGUCAGAAGAUUUCAGCAAAGAAUGAUGGGAGAGAUGCAAUUUCAAGGUCGGUCAUUGGGAAUUUCGUACUUGAUACGGUGGCCCGCGCGAUGGAGAGGAGUGAGCAACAAUUGGAGGCUAUGACUAAGAAAUGGCAGCAAAGGGAGAUCAGCAAUUUCGCCUAUCUACAGCUCCUCAACCAGUACGCAAAUCGAACACCGAAUGACGUCACACAAUAUCCAGUGUUUCCUUGGGUGCUGGCAGAUUACACCUCGUCGAUUCUGGAUCUUGACAAAGAAUCGACGUUUCGUGAUCUGUCUCUCCCAAUGGGUGCACUGACACCGGCUCGGAGAGAAGCGGCUGUUGAGCGUUACGCGGCGACCGAGGGCGUGGGUGAAAAGCCUUUUCACUAUGGUACACAUUACUCCUCAUCGAUGAUUGUGUGCGGAUUCAUGAUCCGACUUUCACCUUUCACAGAGAUUUUCCUCGCUCUUCAAGGUGGACAAUUUGACCUUGCGGAUCGUCUCUUCUCCAACAUAGCCCGAUCUUGGGAUUCUGCCUCAUCUGACAAUCGAGGCGACGUAAGGGAGUUGAUUCCCGAGUUCUUCUACUCUUCUUCUUUCUUGAUCAACAUAAAUCACCAUGAUUUUGGUAAAACGCAAACUGCCGGAGAGACAGUGGACGACGUGGCACUCCCUCCUUGGGCUUUGGGAGAUCCAUUGUUAUUCACACAUCGACAUCGUGAAGCCUUAGAAUCAGAUCAUGUAUCUCGUCAUCUACCACAAUGGAUCGACUUGAUUUUCGGCUAUAAACAACGUGAUCCAACCGCUUUCAAUUGUUUUCAUCCUCUAUCUUAUCGCGGUGCAGUCGAUUUAGAAGCGAUGGAAGAUGAAGGUGAAAAAGCAACCUCGACAGCUAUCAUUCAUAAUUUUGGUCAAACUCCAGCUCAGAUAUUCAAGUUCCCUCAUUCUCAUAAAUUUCUUUCUAGUGGAUCUACAUUACCGCUAGGGACUACUUUCGGUGCGGCUGAACAUUGGCAAUUACUCUUACGAAGUAUCGUUCCUGUCACAGAGACCACUACCGCUAUUGACGAUAUCAUCGAACAUCGGGGUGAUGCGAAACCAGGUGUAUUACAGAAGGGCAGAUUGGCAAUACCAGGUCACCAUCUCUCGAUUCAUUAUGGAUAUACAGAUGGAUCUUUAAGGAUAUAUUACCAAGAGGGUCCUACACAUCGUCUCGUUCAUCUCAUCGAAGGCAUCUCAGUGAAGCAUGCCGUGUUCGCCACACCAACUUUACUGAUUACCGCAUCUUCAACUAGUGUGUUCACGGCGUGGAGAGUCAGCAUCAAGGGUUUGGCAUAUAAAAAAGGAGAUGCUUCUUUGCAUAGAGAAGCCACGCUUCGUGGACAUACACGUGAAGUGACCUGUCUUGCGGCAAGUACGGGUUGGAGUCUACUUGUCAGUGGCUCAAAGGACGGUACGGCCAUGGUGUGGGAUACUAAUCGUCUUCGAUAUACACGUACUCUUCAAACUCCCCGAUCGGAAUCUAUCGUUUUCGUGUCGAUACAUGAGCCUGACGGUACUAUAGCACUUGCUUCCCGAAAACAUAUUUACUUAUUCUCGUUGAAUGGUCAUCCCAUCGCCACCACAUCCAUCCAUUCCAAACCCACUUCCGACAUGUCCAAUCCAGAUGAAGAAUACACAGGAGGGAUCGGUUUCUUGAACCGAGAAUUUGUCAAAGAAGGAAUGAUCUUCGCCAUUGGAGUAGGGAGACAAGUGGCUAUAUAUCGUUGUAUUCCAGGUCGAGGAGAAGGAGAAAGACCUUGGAGGGUUGAAGAACAAGGAAGGGUGUAUGGAAGUGAUGAUCAUCAUUUUGGAAAUUGUAGUAUGGUUCGAUUCGUGGGAGAGACACUUUACGCAGGAUUCAGACCUGGUCAAAAUGGGAAACACGCAAUGUACCAAUGGUCUCUCCCUGAAGGAAAUGCGAGACAUGUAGGUGAUAACGUAUCGAGUAUUUGUAUGCAAAGUGGAUGUGGGAGACAUUUCGGAUUACUUGAACCUCGACGUCAUUGUGGUGGUUGUGGAGGUUUAUUCUGCGGAACACACGCAGUCCAUGUCGAACUCCUCACUUUGCGUUACUGUCCUUCCUGUCGUGACCGUUUAUCACUAGUCAAUGUCUUAGGGAUAUUUGGGAGGAAAGAAAUCCCCGGACAGCGAUCGAGGAGUAUUAUCGCAGUUUGUAGCAAAGAUCAGAUUUUAGCAAUAGCUUCAAGGGAUAGGACAAAGGCUCAAGGGAUGAGUUGGAGACCUGAAGUCCAUAUAAGCGAAGGUGGAAAAGAAUCUUGA